ACAACCGCAGACUGGAACUCUGUCCUCAGACCCACCCACUUAAUUGCAUACAGUGGAAGGGAGCCGCUCCCAUUGGUUCAACCGCAUCCCAGAGCUCUGUUCUAACCCCGCCCCCUCAUUUGCAUACAGAGGAAGGCAGCAGACCAGAGCUGUUUUUUAGACUCGCUGAGCGACUAGACUCACUUUUUUUAAAAAUGUAUUUAUUGCUUCUGGCCGAGCGUCAGACUCCAGCGUUAUGGCUUGAGGCCAAUUUUGUACACUUUUGAGGAUGAACCGAUCGUUGAGUUUACGAUUAUCUCGCAGGAAUGGACAUCAUAUCUACAGCUAUGUGGUGGACGCCGGGACGAUUCCCGCCAAGGCCAAGAAGGGGAGGACGAAAGCCAAGCUGGGGAGCAGGAAAGCAUUCAGUUUGGAGGAGAAUCAGCUGGAGGUUCAGCAGCAGACCAAGAGCCUGAGCCGGCAGGUCCCGCCCAGGUCUCACACGCUCGAUGUCGACAGACCUUUGGAGAGAGGCGACAGCCUCAACUCAAGAAGUAGUUUUAUGAAGCACAACAAAACAUUCCACAAACUCUUCCCAGAACUCCCCGAGACUGAAGACCUGCUGCACGCUUACGUGUGUGCGCUGCAGAAGGAAGUGCCUUACCACGGCCGUCUGUACAUCACCGACAGCAGCCUGUGCUUCUUCUCCUCCGUGCUACUCAAAGACACUAAGGUGAUCGUUCCUGUCGCCAGUGUGAACGUCCUGAAGAAACAGAACACCGCGCUGCUCGUGCCAAACGCCAUCUCUGUCCGCACCACAGACAGAGAGAAGUAUUUAUUCGUGUCUCUGCGGAACAGAGAAGGCUGCUAUAAGCUGCUGCGAUCCGUCUGUCCUCAGCUGGAGGACGGAAGUGCCCACAGCAGCCCUCUCUUGAGUGAGGCUCAGCGCUCGUCAGGAUCUGUGCGUCUCUCCCAGCAGAACUCCAGCCAGUCCAGUCUGGACGACUCGUACGAGCUUUGUCCUCCGAUCGAUCUGUCUGCGUCUCGACUCACUCCAGAAAACGCUGCGAUUAAGAGCUCCCCGCAGACGCCAGACGAGAGCUCGAGUGAGGAAUACACCGGAAGUUCGUGGGUUUGGAACGUGACGGAUCGAGCGCGAUCUCUCCUCAUCCAAAGAGAAAUCAGUAACCUCAACACUCUGCUGCUCAUCUACUUGAUCCUGGUGUUUCUGCUCUUGUUGUCGUCUGGCUAUAUCGGCCUGCGUAUCGUGGCCUUAGAAGAGCAGCUGACGUCUCUCGGAGCGCUUCCCGAAUUCACCUUGCAAAGCGGGUACAAAGAAACGUAAGAGAUCUCAUCCAUCAGAACUUUGGAAAGAACCACCAAAAAACGUUUUUAAUGAUCCACUAGCCACCGCAGGGAAUGCUGGGAAGGACCUUUAUUUGCACAUGCACCAGCUACUGAACUCUGUGCGUCUUUGCCAAGAAAACCACCUAAGGGCAUGCGCUUUACGAGAUGCUGGUGUUGACGAAACACGGACAUGUCUUCGCUCGCAGCCGUUUCGCCCAAAAACAACCAAAGACAACAGGUUUGUCUCGGAGGACUGUCAAAAACAAAAAAAACAAACUACUUCUGUGGAAAAGCGUUUCAUCGGUUAUUACUCAUUGCAGCGCCUUCGUUCUGACCACUUUUACGACCAUCAAAAAAAAAUGUCGCAAAGAACUCAUUUUUAUUUUCUUCCCAAGUUCCUUAUUUUUGAUGGAUGUCUUUUUCAUCAAUCUUUCGGUUUCUUCCUCUUAUGUUUUUUCGUACAAGGGUUGCGAUUUAUUACUGUUUUUUGAUUUAAUGAUUUAAAAAACUAAGCUAGCUAAACCACGCUUACUCAUUGCAACACCUUUGUACCACUUUUAUCGAUCAGCAAAAAUAGUCGCAAAUAACUUUGUUAUAAGGUUUUGCGAUAUUACUGGUUUCGGUUCAACGAUAAAAAGACCUAAGCUAGCUAGCCAACUCUUACUCAUCGCAGCGCCUUUGUUUGACCAUCAAAAAAUGUCACAAAUAACUUCCAUCCAUUUUUCGUUCGUUCAACUUUCAUCCCAAGUUCCUUAUUUUUGAUGGCUAGCUUUAUCUUGGUCUUCUUUCGGUUCCAUUCUUCCUCAAUGUUUUUUGUAUAAGGGGUUGUGAUAUUCCUGGUUUCAUUUAACGAUAAAAAAAGAGCUAAGCUAGCUAGCCAACCAAUUGCAGCGCCUUCAUUUGACAACUUUUAUGACCAUCAAAAAAAAUCAUGAAUAACAAUGUUUUAUAAUUGGUUGCGAUAUUACUGGUUUUGGUUUAACGAUAAAAAAGAGCAAAGCUAGCUAGCCAGCCCUUAGUAUUAUUGUAUGUAUAGUCUAUGCACAAGAAAUGUUCAGAUCAGGUAUUUAACAAGUUUUUGUAACAUUUCGUGUCUUUUUAUACUUUAAGGAGACGAAGUAGUCGACAUGUUGGUCUUUUCGUAAUCCGAACGGGAAAAAAAAAAGAAAGAAAAAAAAAAAAGAUUGUAUUGUGCAA